CGACGCUGUUCUCCGUCGGGUCGGUCAGGUGGCCACACGUCUUCCUUCGUGUCAGGAAGCGCUGCGGGCUCAGCGCGUUUAACCUCUCGGGAGCCGACAGGGUGUGCAGGGUGUGCAGGGCGGCGUGUUGACUCGGACCAGGAGGCGGACAGAAAAGAUGGAGGGCGCUUUGGACCCCAAGCUGGACCAGGCCGUCCGGCAGUGGCUGCAGUAUGACCGGAACCCCAAGACGGUGUCCCUGGUCCAGGACCUGGUGAAGGAGGGUGCGGUGGAGGCUCUGAAGAAGUGCUUCUCCUCCAGGAUGGAGUUCGGUACGGCUGGACUGAGAGCCGCCAUGGGCCCCGGCGUCUCCUGCAUGAACGACCUCACAAUCAUCCAGACCACGCAGGGUUUCUGCCGCUACCUGGAGCAGAGUUUCAGUGACCUUACAGAGCGAGGCGUGGUGAUCGGCUACGACGCGCGCGCCCACCCUCCCAGCGGGGGCAGCAGCAAGCGGUUCGCCCGCCUGGCUGCGGCGGUCUUCAUCAGCCGAGGAGUGCCGGUCCACCUCUUCUCUGAGAUCACCCCGACGCCGUUCGUGCCUUUUACAGUUUCCCACCUGGGUCUCUGUGCUGGCAUCAUGGUGACCGCCUCCCAUAACCCCAAACAGGACAACGGCUACAAGGUGUACUGGGACAACGGUGCCCAGAUCGUGUCUCCUCACGACUCUGGGAUCUCCAAAGCCAUUGAGGAGAACUUAGAACCCUGGCCAGAGUCCUGGAACACAGAGGAGGCCCUGAAGACGCCCUUGCUGAAAGACCCCUACCAGGAAAUGAACGCACAGUACUUUAAAGCCAUCCAGAAACACUGCCAUCACAGAGAGCUGAACAAGAACUCCCAGGUGAAAAUAGUGCACACGUCGGUCCACGGCGUCGGUCACACGUUUGUCCAGUCGGCGUUCAAGGCUUUUGAUCUUCACCCUCCGUAUGCCGUGGAGGAGCAGAAGGACCCGGACCCCGAGUUCCCCACCGUCAAAUACCCUAAUCCAGAGGAGGGAGAGGGAGUGUUGACGUUGUCGUUCGCCCUCGCAGAAAGGGAAGGAGCCUCUGUGGUGUUGGCCAACGACCCUGAUGCCGAUCGCUUGGCUAUAGCCGAGAAGCAGGAAAGCGGACAGUGGCGAGUGUUCAGCGGAAACGAGCUGGGAGCGCUGCUGGGCUGGUGGCUCUUCCACUGCUGGAGGGAGCAGAACUCCGACGCCGCCGCCGUCAAAAACCUCUACAUGCUGUCAAGCACCGUGUCGUCCAAAAUACUGCGAGCCAUCGCUCUGAAGGAGGGCUUCCACUUCGAGGAAACCCUAACAGGUUUUAAAUGGAUGGGGAACAGAGCCAAAGACCUCUUGGACCAGGGAAAGAGUGUUUUGUUUGCUUUUGAGGAGGCUAUAGGGUACAUGUGCUGUAAUGCCGUCUUGGACAAGGAUGGCGUCAGCGCCGCAGCUAUCGCAGGAGAGAUGAUUUCAUACCUGGCCACCAAAAACAAAAGUCUCUCCCAGCAACUCACGACCAUCUUUGAAGAGUAUGGCUACCACAUCAGCAAGAACUCCUACUUCAUCUGCCACGACCAGGAAGUGAUCCGCGGCCUGUUUGACCGCCUGCGCCGCUUUGGUGACAAGAAGGACACGUACCCCUCAGAAUGCGGCCGCUUCUCCAUCUCUGCCGUCAGAGACCUGACCACCGGCUACGACAGCAACCAGCCCGACCACAAGGCUAUUCUGCCGACAUCCAGCUCCAGCCAGAUGAUCACCUUCACCUUCUCCAACGGUGGAGUCGCCACGAUGAGGACCAGCGGCACUGAGCCCAAGAUCAAAUACUACACCGAGCUCUGUGCGGCUCCCGGUAACAGUGAUGUGACCCACCUGAAGAAGGAACUGGAUGACUUGGUCGACGCCAUCGUUGAGAACUUCUUUGAGCCCGAGAAGAAUAAACUGCAGCCCAAGCCAGAGUAGUUCUGGUGGAAAGUCUCUCUGACCAGCAUUUCACGUGUCUUAGUUACUCCUCAAGAGCUUCUUGGGUUUUCUCCAGCUAAAUUCAAUAUUUUACAAGUUUGCUCCAAGAUAUUUAGAAGCGAGACAAGUAAUGACAACAAAUUGUUUUGUUCCUUUUAAAACCGUUUUAGCAUGCAUGCAAAAAUCUGACAUCCGUUUAGUGCAAUUAGAGUAAUUGGAUGUUUUUGAUUCAAGCUACUAGCCAAACAUUUCUAUAAAACAGUUUGUCAGUUUUUGUGUUGGUUCUGCUAUUUUGUUAUAAAUUAUGUAAUCAAGACAAACUCCACCCUCCUUUAAACGCUUCCUAAAACAUCUGUCUCCAGUGAUAUCACACAAGGCAUCUUAUCAGAGAUGUUUUGUCCAUUUGUAUAGCAUUUACUUCUUUCUGUGUGUUGAAGAUCUUUAUGUUGAAAUAUGUCAAGAGCUUGUUCACCAUAACGUUGAUCAGUUUGGUUUUUGUGCCUCUUGUGAUGUCAUCAACCCCAGCAGAAUAAGUGUUGUUUUUUUCCCAACACACUUUCUAAAAACAUUCCAUUUUAUUUCAAUCCUGAAGUGGAAAUCCAAACCUUUUUACCCCUGUUUUUACUCUCAGGGUAUAUUUGUGUCAGAGAGAUGCUCUACUUGAUCCUAUCUUUAAAUGUCUUUCAUUCCUAUUAAGAAUGACUGUAAACUCGUGCGCCCCUUUAAUGCCACAGUCAUUCCUUUAAUCUAGACGCCGUUGUUAUGCAAACUCAGAGAGCUGUACAUUACCUGUAUUUGACUGAAGGCAUUCUGAAACGCACUGGGCUUUAGCUGCCCUCAAACUCCACUGAAUGCUGGCUUUGAAACUAUUCCAUGGUGCUGUUGUUAAUAAAUGUAGCACCAAAACGUCUUUAGAUUCUUCUAAUCCAUGCAGAUGUGGAAAACUAAUAUGGCAACACUUGCUGGUGUUGCACCAAAGUCUUAUCACCAUCAGAUAUCGCGUCUCCAGAAGGUGGUGUUGAGAGGCUGAAUGAAAAUACACAUGGCCGCAGAAAGUGAGACCGUAGUGGAACUCUGUGGAUAUCCCAGUGGUGAAAAUCAGUCCAUCAUGAGCGGUGGAAAUCGCUUUCUGUACAGUAGAGAUACUAUACCAAAGUAUUUUGCUUCAAACGUAUAGACAUAUUUUCUGAUAAAUUCAAAAGACAUCUGCAUACGUGACCGUUUACUUCAGUCUCAAAAUGUCUGUAUUUUUAUUUCUGCUUUUCUGAGCUUUCUGUUAUGCCGGCUGUCAGAUUAUGUGACCUUCUUUAUGGAAGAAGGUCCAUAAAGUUUGAAGCUGUGUCAGAGAAGAUUCUUGAUGUGUCCCACCAGCUGGGGGCGCUGUACUUUUUACGUCACCAGGUGGUGUUUGCUAAAUGUCUGCUGGCAUUUCUUAAGCAUGUGGCUGUGCCAAAAAAGGACGAAGCGGCGCUUCUAGUUAUGUUCAUCACACCGCAGGUGGAUCCGGAAGAUUUAUAUCCUAAACGGCUUUCCAUAUCCUACCGGCUUGCCUUAAACAACUUCGGUCCGCCACUAGGGGGAGACAUUGUGCUUUAAUCCUUCUACUCUGAACCCAUUCUUUUAUAUGAAUCUAUGUUGCGACUGUCUUUAAAUCUUGUUAAUUUCCCUGUAUGAGUGAAACCUCUGUUUAAAUGUGCUCUGCUUUUUAUAAGAUGUUAAUGGUUUCCUAAACUCUGCUCAUCAUAAGCAUUUAUUUCCCCCCACGCACCCAAUAAAAAAAACAGUUUCUCACUACA